AUGGCCGACAACUCUACCCCCGAGGUCGAUCUCGACAAUGUCAUCGACCGUCUCCUAGAGGUCCGUGGCUCACGUCCUGGCAAGCCCGUCCACCUGGAAGAGUACGAGAUCAAGUACCUCUGCUUGAAAGCGAGGGAUAUCUUUAUCAACCAGCCCAUCCUUCUCGAGCUCGAGGCACCCAUCAAGAUCUGCGGUGACAUUCACGGCCAAUAUUACGACUUGUUACGUUUGUUCGAAUACGGUGGCUUCCCUCCCGAGGCCAAUUACCUCUUCCUCGGUGACUACGUCGAUCGUGGGAAGCAGUCUCUCGAGACCAUCUGCCUUCUGCUCGCAUAUAAGAUCAAGUAUCCCGAAAACUUCUUCAUUCUCCGCGGCAACCACGAGUGCGCCAGUAUCAACCGCAUUUACGGCUUCUACGACGAGUGCAAACGUCGUUUCAACAUCAAACUCUGGAAGACGUUCACCGACUGCUUCAACUGCCUCCCCAUCGCCGCCAUCAUUGACGAAAAAAUCUUCACCAUGCACGGCGGUCUUUCACCCGAUCUCCAAAGCAUGGAGCAGAUCCGCCGCGUCAUGCGACCAACCGACGUACCAGACACCGGCUUGCUCUGCGAUUUGCUCUGGUCCGAUCCCGACAAGGACAUUUCCGGGUGGUCAGAAAACGAUCGUGGUGUUUCCUUCACAUUCGGCCCAGACGUCGUUUCGCGGUUCCUGCAAAAACACGAUAUGGAUCUCAUCUGUCGAGCGCAUCAGGUCGUCGAGGAUGGUUACGAAUUCUUUGCCAAGCGACAGUUGGUCACAUUGUUCUCGGCGCCCAACUAUUGUGGAGAGUUUGACAAUGCAGGUGCAAUGAUGAGCGUCGACGAGACUCUCUUGUGCUCCUUCCAGAUCUUGAAGCCAGCGGAGAAAAAGCAAAAGUAUGCAUAUGGUGGAAUCAACAUGGGUCGUCCCGUCACACCUCCCAGAAAGCAGAAGAAGAAGUCAGAUGGCAAGUAG